CCGGAGGCCCGCCGGGCCCCGAAGCGUCCGGGCCCCCCGGCCGAGGGCCCCUGCGAGGCCAAACGAGGCCCCGGAUGCGCCGGGCGGCCCGGGGACUCGGGAGAGCCGCCCGGCCCGGAGCAGGCCCGGGAGCCCCGCCGCCCUCCGACCCGGGCCUUCCGCGGUACUUGGCACGCCAGAGACCGGAGCCCCCCGGGGCCGCCCGCCCUCGCCGCCGACUGGCACGGCCUCGCCGGGGACCGCCCGGCCGGGGUGGGCAACGGGGGCGGCCCCUGGCCCGGGGAGCCCCCGGGGACCCCCAACGGACACAGCCACGAGCGCACCCCCCCCGGGCCGCCCCCGGCCGGGCCCUGCCCCGCCAAGCGGCGGCUGGUCCCGGCCGAGGAGGGCCCCGACGCCGGGCCGUGGGACGAGGGCCCGACCUCCCGGAGGCACCGGGGCCCCCCGCCCGGCCCUGCCCAACCCGGCCGGGGCUCCGACGCCAAAGCCGCGACCUUCUGGAACCGCCUGCUGCCGGCCGGUGCCGGCGAGGCCCUGCGGAGUCCGGCCGACAGCAGCCCCACCGGGCGGAGGCCCAAAGGAGCCCGAUGUCUUAAGCCGCGCUCCCCGCACGGGCCGCGGAAGGGGCCGAGCCCCCCGGGAUCGCCCCGACCUGCCGUCAGCCGCCCCCUGCUAGGCAAUUUCGAGGAGUCGCUGCUCAGAGGCCGCUUCCCCCCGUCCGGCCACAUCGAGGGCUUCACGGCCGAGAUCGGGGCCAGCGGCUCCUACUGCCCCCCGCACGUUACCCUGCCGGUGUCCGUCACCUUCUUCGACGUCUCUGAGCACGGCGCCCCGGCCCCCUUCCUGGGCGUCGCGGACCUGACCCCGCUGGGGCGGAAGGGCUACGGCGUCCCCAAGGCGGGCACCGUCCAAGUGACCUUAUUUAACCCCAACCAGACGGUGGUGAAGAUGUUCCUGGUGACCUUCGACUUCUCGGACAUGCCGGCCGCCCACGUGACCUUCCUGCGCCACCGCCUCUUCCUGGUGCCCGUCGGGGAGCGGGACGGGGCCGGCCCGGCCCGGGGCCUCCUCUGCUACCUGCUGCACCUCAGGUUCCGGAGCUCGCGCUCGGGCCGGCUGUACCUGCACGGGGACCUCCGGCUCCUGUUCUCCCGCCGGAGCCUGGAAGUGGACACGGGGCUGCCCUACGAACUCCAGGCGCUGACCGAGGCCCCCCGCCACCCCCGCUACUCGCCCCUGCCCUGACCCGCCCCCCACGAGGGUCGCGCCCCGGCCCCGCUCCGCCCCGGAGCGCCUUCCCGGCCCGAUCCCCCGACCUUUGACCCCGUUGCUCCGAAUCUGGCGGGGGUCCGGCGAGGACGGCGGGGGGGGGGGCCGGCGGGGCCUCCCCCGUGGUUUUAUUUAUUUUUUAAUUUAUAACUUAUUCGGGGGCCGAACCUUCGGAAGUCUCACCUGGAAUGCCGGCAGAUUCCCUUCCUCCCCCGGCCCGCGGCAGCCGGGCCCGGCACGGGGACCGAACCUCGCCCCUCGUUACGGAGAGAGGGGGUCCCGGGCCGGGGGCAACGUGGCCCGUUGGCAUUGGCUUGUGUGAACUGCCGUGUGUCCUUUCCCAAACUCUCUGGCGCGCUGCGGACUUCCUACUCUUCCGCCGGGGAUGGAAGUCCAAGCAACCGUCCCCGCCCGCCCCCAUUCCCGCCUUCAUCCCCGUCUUGCGUCUCCUCGCCCGUCCCGUUGAGGCGGGAGCCAAACGUGGAGGCCCGGGCCCUUUUCCUCCCCCAGGCCGCCUGCCUCUCCUCCUCUUCCUCCUCUUCUUUCUCCCUCUUCCCCUCUCCUCCCCUCCAUCCCGCCAGCGGGGCCGGGGUUGGCAGCGUGGAAAGCGAGGGGCUCAGAGCGGAGCCCCCCUUUGCCCCCCGGCUCGGGGGGGAGGCCUCGGUUUCCCCCGCCCUCCCCGGGAGGACGAGCCGAGGGGAAGAAGCGUUUGCAGAAACUUGAAAAUCCGCAAAGAUAUAAAGAAGAGAAGAAUCGGAUGGGGUACUUUUUUUUAAAAAAAAGACAUUUAAUAAACCUCUGUUCGGAGACCGGAGCGGCCGUGCAGAGUCGUCGGCGAGGCGAGGGGGAUGAAGCACCGGCCUGGAGUCAGGAGGCUCUGGGUUCUAAUCCCGACCCGGCCCCUCGGGCGACGGUCGCCUCGCUUCCUCGGGCCUCAGUUACCUCAUCUGUAAAAUGGGGAUUAGGACCGCGAGGCCCGUGUGGGACAGGGACCGAUUCCACCGCGAUUGCCUUGUCUCUACUCCGGCGCUUAGUAGAGCGCCUGGCACUUAGUAGGCGCCCCCAGGCUCCACCGAUCCACGCAGCCCGGCCCUGCUCGCCGCCUGCCCCGGGGUAGGGGGUGAGCCGUGCCCGGGGCCGGGCAUUCGAUCGUAUUUACCGAGGGCUUACCGUGUGCCAAACGCUGUACUAAGCGCUCGGGAGAGCGGAACAGAACAAUAAACAGACAUUCGUUCAUCCAGUCGUUUUUUAUCGGGUGCUGACCGGGGGGCAGAGCAAUCGUCAGCUGUGUGAGCUUGGGGCAAGUCACUUGGCUUCUCUGUGCCUCAG